UUGUAUUUAAAAAUUCCAUCUUUAAAAUGAGACUUGUUUAUCAUAAUUAAUCAAAAAUUACACCUGUACUCAUUGUUGACACACCAUUAUAAAAUCCGGAGUGAUGAAACAGUUUUAAAGUUAUAAAAUAUAUCUAGAAAUAAAAUGCCUCUUAUUGUAAUAACUGGUAUUCCGUGUAGUGGUAAAACUACAAGAACAUUACAACUAAAGGAAUACUUCGAAAAGGAAGUGAAAAAACGUGUAGAUAUUAUUACUGAAAUUGACGUCAUAUCUAAAACAGGUUAUGAUAGAAAUUCAUUUUAUUCUGAUUCUAAAAAGGAAAAAUGUAUAAGGAGCGAUAUAAAAUCUAUGGCACAAAGAAUAUUAAAUCCAAAUGAUGUAUUAAUAAUAGAUGGUAGCAAUUAUAUUAAAGGGUAUCGCUAUGAACUAUACUGUAUGUCAAAAUUAUAUAAAACACCACAGUGCACUAUACAUUGUGACAUACCUAUUGAACAUGCUUGGUUAUGGAAUGAAAAAAGACCAGUAUCUGAACAAUACAGCAGAGAAAUAUUUGAUGCACUUGUAAUGAGGUAUGAAACACCAGAUAGUAAAAAUCGUUGGGAUGCUCCAUUAUUUGCAGUGAUGCCAGAAGAUGAUUUAAAAUUUGAUGAUAUUUAUAAGUCCCUCUAUGAAGUUAAAGCACCUAAACCAAAUCAAAGCACACAAUGUCCACCUUUAUCAUCUACAAAUUAUUUGUAUGAAUUGGAUAGAAUAACACAAGACAUCACUAAUGCAAUAUUAUCAGCAAAACAAAUAGGAAUUGACAAUGAUAUAAAAAUUCCUCAAUAUGGCUUAACAGUACAAAAAACAGGUAAUACGCCUCAAAUGAUGAGACUGCGAAGACAAUUUUUAACAUAUAGCAAAAUGCAUCAAAUUAAUAUUAAUCAAAUAGGUCUAUUAUUUGUACAGUAUCUUAAUAAAAGCUUAUAAAUUAAAAA